AUGUGGGCCAAGUCGGCCAGCUCGGAGGGCGUCGAGAGUAGUUUCGAGGGCGCCGACAGUGGCCUCUUUGACCUGGCCUUGGGCGGCGGAUGGGAAGCUGUGGUGGGCGACCUGCAUGGUGAGGUGGCGUCGGCCUUGUGCGGGGUGGUUCCGCUGAGCGAGGGGCCCGACCAGGUCGCCAGGGACGGCGGGGAAUUUGCGGCGCUCGUGCUGUCCAGGAGUGCUGCCGUGGCGCCUGGCGUUCCAGUUCGUGCUGACUGUGCUGGCACCUCGAGCUGCGCAGAGCGGCUCGGGCGUGGCGCCUGGGCCGACGAGCGGCUGGCCCAGAGGUGGUCCGAGAUCG